UCUGUCAUCGACCAUCGUAUUUUAGGUUCGUGUAUCGUUUAGGAUAGUGUACAGCGACGUAAUGAACAAAAAGUGCUGUAAUUUCUUGAUAUUCUCUCUGCUAGUUUGUCCCAUACUGGCAGAAUGGAACACACGGGACUACGUGAGAAGAGAACACUCGCUAACAAAACCGUAUCAGGGCAGCGGAAUGUCUGUGCCGUACUGGGACUUCCUAGGUAGUACAAUCGUCACUUCCAACUAUGUCCGCCUGACCCCAGAUUUGCAAUCCAAAGCCGGCGCGAUUUGGAACACAGUGCCAUGCACCACCCGCAACUGGGAGAUCCAAGUGCAGUUCAAGGUCCACGGCCGAGGGAAGGACCUCUUCGGAGACGGUUUCGCGAUCUGGUACGUGCGGGACCGCAUGCAGCCGGGACCGGUGUUCGGCAGCCGAGACUUCUUCCAGGGGCUGGCCAUCAUACUGGACACGUAUAGCAACCAUAAUGGCGCGCAUAAUCAUCAACAUCCUUACAUUUCGGCGAUGAUCAACAACGGCUCGCUCCACUACGACCACGACAGAGACGGCACACACACACAGCUGGCGGGCUGCGAGGCCAAGUUCCGCAACUACAACCACGACACACACCUGUCCGUCGUGUACAGAGACGACACGCUCGUCGUGUCAACGGAUCUCGAAGGCAAGAACGCUUGGAAAGAGUGCUUCAGGGUUGAGAAUGUGCUCCUACCGACAGGGUACUACUUCGGUGCAUCUGCCAACACUGGAGACCUGAGUGACAACCAUGACAUUAUAGCUAUCAAGAUGUAUGAGCUGGAUUUGUUGGACUCUCAAAACAAGGACGAGGACAGAUCACACAUAAUACCGUCCGCGGCUUCGUUCGAGGCGCCUCGGGACCGCAUCGAGGACGACAAACCGGCCAUGUCCGGAGUCAAGACCUUCCUCACCAUGAUGUGUGUGGCCAUCGUGAUCAUCAUACUAGUGGUACUGGGCAUCAUGUGGUACCAGAAACGACAGGAGCAGUCGAGGAAGAGGUUGUAUUAGAGGGUCAAUAUAUUUGAAGAUGCGAGUGCAAGAACCAGAUAACUAUAAGACUCGGCGAAACAUGGCGGUAGCGGUCAUUGACUCCCUGUUAAAACUUGUCAUUUUCUAU